UGAGGAGGAGGAGAAUGAGAAAGAAAAGGAAAAGAAGAAAAAGGAGAAUGAACCUUCCUUGUUCUGACAGGUAUCCAUCAAACUCGAACUUUACAAAUUCUUUUUCGCCCACAGAUGUACACAGGGACGGGUGUGCUAUCCCAGUUCGUUAACCUGCACGUGAACACACCACGUGCAGUCGUGCUCGGACCUCAGGAGCUGCACGUGCAAGAGGGAGACACCAUAACACUCGUCUGUGUCAUACAACAGAGCAAACCUCCCUUCGUGUUCUGGUACCACGGCGACCAAAUGGUGAACUACGACGGCUCUCGCAACCGCCUCAACGUUAUAACACAGGUUGAAGGCUCGCGGACGAACUCUCGACUCACGAUCACCGACGCCAGAUAUACGGAUUCGGGGAACUACUCUUGCCUCCCGCCCAACGUCAAGCCCGCCUACGUUCUGGUCUUCGUCAGUCAGGCUGGAGACACGGUGGCCGCGGUGCAGAGACGAGGCCACACGUCCACGGCCCCCACGACGCUCCGCUCCGCCACCAGCGUCGCCGUCAGCUUGAGCGUCUGUGUCACCCUCUGCGUCAGCGUCUUCACCCACUUCCUUCCUACGAGAUGAUGGUUCCUCUCUCUCUUCCUGGCGGGUUUACUGUAAAGAAAAAUUAGGUGUAGAGAGAGGAAAAGAUCAGUAAAAGAGGUCUAUGUAUCCAUCUAAUUACAAAAGAAAGAUAUAUAUAUGUAAAUUGUACCCUCCUUCAUUGUGAACGUUUUAUGUAUAUACAUAUAUAUAUAUAUAUAUAUAAUUACCGAGUUUUCAUCCAGGUCAUGUUUUGUCCCCAAAAUGGGUUUAUGUAUUCUCCCGGUGGAUGUUAAAUGUGUUAUGUGUUUUAUGUGGUCAUGAGGUCGCAUGAUGAAGGUUUGGUUGUCAUG